AUGGUCCACCGUCACAUUCAAGGCCUGCAACAACAAGAAGACUACAUUCUUCUACCAUUUGCACACACACAAAUUCGAGGAGCAAUUCCACCCCUAUUUCAAAAACUUGUCCCGCUUGCGGUGGAAUGGCAUGAUUUGAUAAGGAACAAAGGACCAUCGAAUGCAGUCACUUUCCAGGAGGUCCUUGAUUUGUUAGACAAGCACCUCACCUCACUUCCGAAGGAGCUUUCCCCUGAGCUUCUGUUCGCAUGGAAAAUCCUCAAAGGACUCCCACUGCCUGAUAUUCCUGUUCCUGCUGUGGAUCCUGGAGUCAAUGCUGAAAAAAUGAAGCGAAAGUUGUCAGACAGUGAUGUAGACCCACCCGAUCCAAUCACAUCUCAUGACAUAACAUAUGGGGACACUAUCUUGGAUGCUCCAACACAGACUAGCCAGCCCAAGGGCUCUCACUCCCUCGAUCCAACUUUCCCAAUAAAUCCUGUCACUCCUGAACCGCCCUGCAAGGGUUGCGGAAAACGUUCAAAGAAAAACCAGCCCCCUCCCCCGUAUGACAUCUCGGAGCAACCGGUUCCAAACUCCAUGAUUCUCAAUGCCAUGACUCCAAAUGCCAUGACUCCCAAUGCCAAGAUUCCCAGACUGCGGCCUAAAAAAAAGACUGUUACUCCUUCCAUGAGUGUGGAGACAGUGAGCAGCCAGCCCAUUUUUUUACAAUGCAAAGAUGGCAGACAGUUUGGAUUUUCUCAGCCCAUUGUACCCCCUGGCACAGAACCUGACCUCCAGGCGUUAAACAACUCAUUCAUAGCUGCAGCUAAGGCAACACGUGUGGCUUCCAAUGCCUCCCAACAUCAGCUUCCUGUCAACGCUUCUAAUACAGCUGGCAGUCAUCUCGCCACUAGUGGUGGACCUUUACCACAGACAGCAGUCUCGAGAACGGCCUCAACUACCUCGGCAGACGCCUACUUUUACCAUAGUUUGGACCCUGCCCUCCGGCAAACUGGAUCCCAACUUAGGGAAUCUAAAAGUUCUGACUCUAGCGAGGGUGACAGUUCCUCUGACGAUGGUAGCGAAGACGAGCACAUUGGUUGGGGGGCAGUUGGGGGGUGUCAUAGUGUGCACCCUGGUUUUUCUGGGGAAGAGCAACCACCCCAACCUCAGGUUGUGUCUGCUCUUCCACCAGAUUUUGAAUUUCAAUAUUCAUGCGACAAAGAUGACCAAGUGGCUGAGAAAACAUUGGCAGUCAAUGACAACUCAAGCGAUAGUAGUUCAUUGAUGGACAACAGGAAUUCUCCUGAGCCCAAAGAUGUCUUAAAACUUCACCACAAGAAGAAUGGCCAUCCCCAGAUGCCUGAUCCUGAACUCUUAGAUGCAGUUAAAGGUGCAGUAAAAUCUAAGGAGGUUGAAGGGCCUAAUGCUACCCAACUGGGUUGGUAUGGUCCCCACUGGAGAAGCUUCCUCGAGGAUGCCAAGGGAGGAUGCCGUGUGCAGCAAGCAUUAGAAAACCCCUUCCAAAAUCUCGUCAACGAUCUGCCAGUCUCUAUCACAGAAUCUCUUUCAGCAUUGCUAAUACAAUGGCUCAAAAAUGGCGGACAAGUUGAAGCUGAUGUGUGGCCUGCUCACAAGCCCAACAUGGCGAGGCUGUUAUAUGAUGAUUUAGCAAUGUGGCAUUCUGACCUCAAGAAGAUUGCUAUUGCCAUCACACCUUCUGUGUAUAAUCUUGUCCCCCUGGCCACCAUUCCCAUCCAGGAGCACGCAGCUUGGGUUGAAAACGCCACUACUGAUUUGCUGGAUGAUUCCAUGUUUCUUCGUGAUGGAGUGGAUGAAUUUGGGAAAACCAAGAACUUUGCUCACCCUGAACUUUGUGAGGCCGCCAUACUUUUCCUGUAUACUGGGUCCUAUCAUAUUGCUCACAGGCAGCCUGAUAUAUUUCGGAAGGAGACACCAUUGGCCUGCUUAGCUCUCAUCUGCACAACAUUCAAUUGUGUCUUUGAUGGUCUCAUUAAGAAUGGAAAUGGAAAAUCUUUUCCGAAGUUCACUGCUAAGGAGUACGAGCCCAUUUAUAAAGCAAUGCUCAAGCUUCUUGAAGAUGUCAUGAGAGACCCCUACCAUGGUCCAAGGCUGGCGCAACAGCUUCGUGCAUGGGCCGAAGCUGGAUGGUAA